AUGGACCUCUGUAGUGCUGCCGCUGCGCAGCCGACGCGGCAGAAGUUUAGCGAGCUCUUCGCAGAAGGCCGCCACCAAUGGAUGUCCCUCGACCAGUGGCGCGAUCGCUAUGCCCAGGCCUUUCAGUUCUUCGACACUGACAACGAUGGCCAGCUCUCCAGAGAGGAGGUGCUCGGGGCCCUUGCCGAAUGGGGCUACAGCGUCUCGAAGGAGACGGUUGAUACGUUGUUUUUGCUGGUGGACUCAGAUCCGGAUACCGCCAAGCUGGAUGAAGAGGGCACCUUGCCCCGAAAGGGCUGCCUUUUCUUGGUGGUUCUUCCGGUUAGCUCUUAG